ACUCCGCAUCCUGUAUUUCCUGGAAGGAGGAGCGACCCGGCAAGCGCAGCGAGCCAGCAAGUAGCGGGUGUAUCACUCACUGCCUUUCCGCCGGGAUAACGGAACUGUGUGACCCGUUAACUGCAGCAUAAGACGUUAAACCGGAUGCCUCUAUGGUCCAGUUAACCUUACAGCGAGAUUCACGGUGUUCAGUUUACUCAAGAGGUGAGCCAUGGCUGAACAGAAUUCUGCCCGUCCUCAGAGGAAGAUGUCCACCUCCGGGGAGACCGUAUAUAAAGUGUUAGGCCUGGAGAAAGGCGCGUCAGCUGAGGAAAUUAAGAAAGCAUACAGAAAACUAGCGCUGAAGUACCACCCGGACAAGAACCCAGACAACCCAGACGCAGCGGAGAAGUUUAAGGAGAUUAACAACGCCAAUUCUAUUUUAAACGAUGAGAACAAAAGAAGGAUUUACGAUGAGUAUGGCUCCAUGGGCCUUUAUGUGUCCGAACAGUUUGGAGAGGAAAGUGUUAAAUACUACUUCCUCAUGUCCAAAUGGUGGUUUAAGAGUUUGGUGCUGUGCUGCACACUUUUCACCUGCUGCUGCUGCUGCUGCUGUUGCUGUUUCUGUUGUGGGAAGUGCAAACCCCCCGACGACGAGGAAAACUACCAAUAUGUUGAUCCUGAAGACCUGGAGGCCCAAAUCAGAGCGGAUCAGGACGGAGGUACCACUGUAAUCAUAAUCCAGCCAGCAUCCGAUCUGGGUCCAGAAACCCCAGAGGAGCAAAGUAAGCCCAUCCCCCUGCCCAUGCCCAUGCCUCCACCUGAGCCCCAGUCGCCUCCAUCAGCCAACACAGCGGGGGAAGAAAACCCCAGAGACAGCUUACAAGAGUCUAAAUGACUCGAAAGUGAUCAUGUGAUUAAGUGUCAACUAGCUGACGCAAGAAGCGUUUCACGGCUCUACUUCGAUCCAGCUCCAUCUGACUGCUGUGAGCAACCCAGAGAAAAGCCAGCCCAGAGUCACCAGCCAGCCCAGAUCUCCUGCUCCACCUGACGCCCUCCAUGCUAACCCAGCUAACGCUACAGACUGCUUCCAUGGACCGUCGUGGACAUCUCCGAACGUUCCCAACGUUCCCCCUCCUCUCUUCUAGUUCCUAAAAUAUCUGACGCUGGUUCUGACUGAAUAAGUGUGUUACGCCAAAACUCCACCCCAGUCUCCUCUGGUCAUUCCAUUUCUAACCAGUAAGGACGGAGAUGUGAACGAAUUAUUUAUUUUAUUGCUUUUCACCUCCUUUUUAUUUUAGACACCGUUGCUCAUCAGAUGGAGGAUUUUUUAUUUUCGCUUUUUUUUACAUAUCCCCCACAUUAACUUGCUUUUACUAACUCUGGGAUAGAAAGUUGGUGAUAAAUUCAAUGCCAAACAUGUUAGAAACUCAGCUGCUCAGCAGAAACGAAACAUUAACACGUGGACUCUUCCUCCCUUGUUCUUGUAAACAAUUCCCACCGGUUAUUGUUGCAUCGACUCCCACCUAAACCUUGCUGCAGUCUCGUGAUUUGAUGCCAAACGUCUGAGCCAAGAUGGAGAGGGGAUCAGCAUGCACUCAUCGUUUUCGCCCUUUCCGCUCUCCCGCAUGGAAAACCCAAACAACUUUUCAGCUUUUCCCUGCAUACUCUGGUGAAACAGAUCAUGUGCACAAAUACACACUCACACCAGCCCAGAUGUCACUGUGUGCUUAAAAAAACCCAACAACAACCCCCACCCACAGUGAGACGAGCAGCGGCCGACACCAAACCGUGGAGCUCCGAUGGACUGCAGGAAGAGACGUUAAAUCAAUGCUUUGAAGUUAGCAUCAUGCUCUUUUACACUAUGUGGUUCAAACAGUCCACCGUUUACUCUGGCGGCCGGGUUCAUGCUCCACCUCUUCUUUGUGUCCAAAUUCACUAAGCUUAGAGUCUAAUCUGAUGUUUUGUCUUGGCUUCUUUUUGUAGAUUUUCUUAUUUGAUCUCCUAAUUAUGAAAGAGAGCAAAGAGUAGCUGCGUUUCCAAUUACAAAUGUCUGCAAAUCCUUGUUGGUAUUCAGUUAAUGUCGAAAAAACACAAUUUUGUAGUUUCAAAGAAAUGAAAUUAAAAACGCGUGUGGAUAAGCUUGUUCACAAAAUAAGUCAUUAAAAAACCCAUCAUCCUCAUGCCACUUCCUGUUGUUUUCUUUUUCAUAGUUUCUACCAGUAGUAACAUCUGGCUAUUGAUCACUUGAUUUAUGUGAUGCAAAAAAAAACUAUUUCCGUUGCAGUUUUGAAUUUUUAUAUGCCCAAAUAAACCACUUCAUCCUUUCGCAAAACCUUUUUCUAAUCAAAAAACACAAUUUGUUCUUUUUUAUUGUUUUGUUUUGAUUAGACAAAUUUAGUUUUGGAAUUUAAAUUUGCGUAAUUCUGUGAAAAUGCAACUAAUAUCAAGGUCUGAUCCUUGAUCUACAAUCCUGAAACUUGAUACGUUUCUCUAAAGGAGGAGGACGUUUCCAUUGAUCAUAAAGUUGAGCAAGUUAAAGUUAUAAAAAUACAACUCUCUGUUGACUUCUUUGUCAUCCUACGCAAAAAACUUUACGAAAAAUGUGAAUGUUUCCAUUAAGUAAAUUUAUGUUUGCAAUUCCAGUUUGUGAUUUUAUGGUUAACAGCUACGACCCAUUAAGUAGUAGAUCAAACUCCUAUCAAAAAACUAGUUUUUUUGUGAGGUUAGAGGUUUUUCAGCUGUAACAAAAUUUGUGUUUUUCACAAAUCUGUAAUGGAAACAUUUUUUUGUAUCAUGAGUGACGUGACCAACAACUGGAUGUUACUACUGGCAGAAACGUUGAAGAAGACAAUGACAGGACGUGAUAGGAGGAUGAUGGCGCUGCAUAUUUUCUUUAAUGACUUACCUCGUAAACAAACUCAUUCAUGCACGGUUUUGAUUCAUUCUGAUUUGGAGGAAACACAGCAAUUGCGAAAUAGUUUUUUUUAUAUGUUAACAUUAGUGGAAUAGCAACAAAGUUUUGCACACAUUUGUGAUGGAAAUGGAGCUGCUGACUUGACCUGAACUAAAUUCAAAGUGUCUGACUUAUCCGUUAAGUUCUGCAUUAUUUGUUUCCUUCAGGAUGGAAAUCUAAACCUUUACCUGCUGACUUGACACUGACAGUGGUGUGCCUUGAAGAAUAAUUGUAGUGGUUAUAAAUCGGAUUAAGGUGUGAACGUUUGCAGUACAUUCCUGCAGAAAAUAAUCCAGUCUGAGAAUUUAUGAGGAGAGAAAAAGGCUUUAUCUCCUUUUGUGUUAGCUCAGGCAGCAAAUCUUGCUUUAGUUUGGGAGUUUAAACAAGCAGAAAAUAAAUUCAGAUCUUGGAUAUGGUUUAUAUACCAGCACAAUUGUGCACAGCUUUAUUGUAGGUCAUUAGACUGAAUGAAGUUUUGAACAUUUUCUCCUGCUUUUGUGUCGUGAAAAACCACAAUGACUGACCUGAUUAUCAAGUUAACAUGCAAACAUUAUGAUUAUGUUAUUAAUAUUUCAAGCAAAAUGUUGAGUAAAGGUGAAGGCUAAAACCUAUGGACAAAAUUUCUCUUUACAGUGAGAUCAAAACUUCUUUUCAACAAAGUUUCAUUAUGAUCAAAAUGGAGAACAAAAAAAUGUAAAAUCUUGAAGCAAAAAGGUUUAUCGAAAGCUUUAAAAGGCGGUUUCUGUACAUAACUGGUAUGGAAACGACAAGCUAAUCACAUCAUUAUCAAAAACUAUGACAUUAAAAUCCCAGAUGAACAGUUAAUAAUUGAGACAAAUUAUUGCACUGAUUACUUUAAAUUGAAGCAUAAUUCUGCCUCUUUUGGAUUCAUGCCUUCUCUCUUGUCUGCAAGCUGUGAUGCAUUUAACUUCCAGUUAUCAAUAAGUAAAAAUAGCAGUUUAUGGCUGUGUAACAGUUUUCCUCACAUUUUCCAUGUCACUAUUUUCUUUCAUGCUAUAUUGUAAUUUUCAAUGGUUAUCUGGAGAGUACUAUAAUAUUAGUCUCACCCUUGUAUUCAUAUUUAAUAGUUUUUAUGCACAAGAGAAGGGAAAUAAAGACUAAUCACUAACAUAAAUAAUGCAGAAGCUAGUUUUAAAUGGUUCAUUUGGAUAAAACUUUCAUGUUUUUGGGUAAAUUUUUAGCAUUUGCUGUUUUCUCUCCUCAGAUCUUGUUUGCUCAUAUUUUCUCCCAGCAGCUCAGGCUUCAUGCUUCCCAGUCAGGUGCGUUAAACUAAUGCAGAGCUGCAAACAUCUCAUUAAAUCAGGUCAGAUAAAAAUAUCUUCAUCAUGUUUCUCCAUCUGCAAACAGGAAGUCAUCUUGGAUUUGCUUAUAUUAGUAGCCAGAACGAAAAAAUUAUUUGAUAUUAAUCAUCAUUGACCCACUGAAUCAAAAUUAACUCUCCAUGCCAGGAAGUAAACAAAACAGAAAUGUUAAAUCAAAUUGAUAUAUUGGUACUGAUUGAAGGUUUAUGAAGUGAUUUAACUUUAGAUGCACUUAUGUUUUUAUUUAUGCUUUGACAAAUGGUGGCGAAGUUCGACUGAAGUCAGUGUGUUUACUUUGAAUCAAGGUUCAGUGAGUCAAUCUUCACUCUGUUUGCUAAAAAAAUAAAAGAUUCAUGGAGCUGAUGUGCUUCCAGAAAAAAAUAUUUUUUUAUUUAUUUUUAGUUGGCUGGUUAAACAAUCUACUGGAUGUGAUUGAUUUCUUAUGAAGAGCAAAGACGUUCUUGACCUGAACAUGAUAGAAAAUGUUUCAUCCUUGUACAUAAUGACUGUGAUGAAAUUCAGCUAAAUAAAAAAGGGGGAUUUUCUAAU